AGAAAUUGAGGGCAAACGAUUCUGCAAGGAACAUGAAAUCUAUUUGGAACCUGCAAGUAACUAAUUCGGUGAUGUUAAGGUGUCUGUGUCUGAAAUGGUGAUUAGAUCACUCUCCUCUUGCUCCAGAACCAUAAGACAUCUCUUCCACUCUUUUCUUCAGUUUCAUCUCUCUAAACUCCACCAGCCCAAAGGCCACUUUGUUCUAUCUCCUCCACUCCCUUCUCAUCACUCCACGACCCACAACCUUUCCAGACCCUUCUCAUCUCAGCCUCUCUCUUCUCAACCACCAGACCCAGACCCACCUUCACCUUCGCCAGAACUCGUCAAUGAGCUUUCUCGCAUUCUCAGUGACUAUCGAAGCCCCCACCACGACAUCGAAUCAGCUCUCACUUCAUUCUCAUCCCAAAUAUCCACCAAUUUGGUUGAGCAAGUCCUCAAACGGUGCAAAAACCUUGGGUUCUCUGCCCACGGAUUCUUUCUUUGGGCUCAGCGAUUGCCUGGAUUUAGUCACAAUAAAGAAAGCUAUCACAUUCUUGUUGAUAUCUUAGGAAGUAGCAAACAAUUCCCAUUGUUGUGGGACUUUCUUGUGGCAAUAAGAGACACUCAGUGUUGUGAAAUUAGCCAAGAAAUUUUCUGGCUGGUUUUUAGAGGGUAUAGUAGAGCUAAUUUACCAGCUGAUGCCAUCAGGGCUUUUAACAAAAUGGUUGAUUUCGGUACUGAACCUGGUAUUGAUGAUCUUGAUCAACUUUUAUAUGUGCUGUGUAAAAGGAAACAUGUGAGGCAUGCCCAACAAUUCUUUGAUAAAGUUAAGCAUGAAUUUGAGCCAAGUGUGAAAACUUAUAGCAUUUUGAUGAGAGGGUGGGGUGAUAUAGGUGAGCCCGAUGAGACACGUAAGUUAUUCGAUGAAAUGCUUGAACGAGGAUGUUUGGUUGAUGUGCCUGCUUAUAAUAGUGUGUUGGAGUCUUUGUGCAAAGGAGGGAAUGUGGAUGAAGCUCAUAAAUUGUUCAGGGAAAUGAGGUCUAAGGGGCUUGAGCCAGAUGGAUUUACUUACGCGAUCUUCAUUCAUGCUUCUUGUGAGGCAAAUGAUAUUCAUUCAGCAUUUAGGGUUCUUGAUAGAAUGAAAAGAUAUGACCUUGUGCCUAAUGUGUUUACUCUCAAUUGCAUUAUCAAGAAGCUUUGUAAGAGUGAUAAGGUGGAGGAGGCUUACCAACUUUUGGAUGAGAUGAUUGAGAGAGGGGUGAGACCGGAUGUAUGGAGUUACAAUGCAAUCCUAGCUUUCCAUUGUGAUCACAACGAAGUUAAUAGGGCGCUUAGGCUUAUUUCAAGAAUGGAUCAAGAUUUUUGCCAACUGGAUCGGCAUACAUACAAUAUGGUGCUCAAAAUGCUGAUCAGGGUAGGGAGGUUUGAUAGAGCAGCAAAAGUUUGGGAAAGUAUGGAAGAGAGAGGGUUUUAUCCUUCGGUCUCAACAUAUGCUGUGAUGGUCCAUGGUCUUUCUAAGAAGAAAGGUAAACUAGAGGAGGCUUGCAAAUACUUUGAAAUGAUGAUUGAUGAAGGGAUAUCACCAUACCAUUCUACUUGUGAAUUGUUGAGGAAUAAGCUUAUAGGCUUGGGGUUUUCAGAGCAGACACAGAUACUGGCUGACAAGAUGGAGAGAAGCACUUCAUGUUCAGUACAAGAGCUAUCAAGCAUUGUGAGAGGUAACAAGGCCUGUUCGAGAAUGAGAAGUGCAGAAGAAUACACAGAUGAAAGUGAUGAGUGAAGGUCCCAGAUUGGGUGGACAGUCUGAUUAUUUAUUUCUGAUUCUGAGAUGGCUCCUGAAAAUGGUCUUCAAGUGGCAGUAUCCAUGUUCUGUCUGCUCUUUUUUUCCAUUGUGGAAUUUUUGCUUCACACCUUAUGGUUAACUCAUGUUGGCUAUGAGAAGUGAAAUUGAUUAGGCCUCUACAAAAAGAACUUGAAAGGGUAACGUGCUUAAGGUACCAUGAUUCUGUAACAUAAGGUUUAUAUCCUCAAUUGAAAACGUCUCAUGCAUCUCUAUCCAAUACAUCCCCAUUGGCAUAUACGUGCAGUUUAGCUAUUGGUGUGAGUCUAUGAGUCUUAGGUCCUCUUCUUGAUGCUGAAAAUAUCCCCUUCUAGUAGUCUCCGCAA